AUGGAAUUUAGUGGGAAGGAGGAUCCGGAGAGCCGAGUGGCGGUCGGUGGGAUUCGGACAAUAAGACAGAUCGGCAACCGGCUGGCAAGGAUAGUUCCGCCAGUCGACACUUGGUUUUACCUAUUUUGACAUUUACGUGAUUGUAUCGACCCUUCCUCUGGAUAAACGGGUUACUUUAUAUUUAUCGUUGGUAUUGUUGUAUUCCUUUGGAUAGUUCCGCUGGAAUACUUGGGAUUUGGUGUGGCUUUCUGGGACUCCAUUGAACUCCUAUCAGGGAGGACCUUUGAACCACUAUGCCAAAGAAAGAACUCUCUGUCAUAUGUACUGAAAACCCCGAGAACAACUUCGCAAAAGAGCUCAAAAGUUAUCAUGGAUACUUUUUGAUACUUUUGGCAAAAACAAUUCUAGUGUUGGACACAUAUUCACAAAAAAGAGGCAUGUUUCAUACGAAAUUAACAGACAGCGAUGUCACGAAAAAACUUCAAAAAGAAUCAUGGAUACCUUUUGACACUUUUGGCAAAAAAAAGCCUAGUGUUAGAGAUACGUUUCCUCGAAAAAAAUCUGCCUCAUAAUGAAGAUCCGGAGAGCAAUUUCGCAAAAAAAAGACUUCAAAAGUUAUCAUGGAUACUUUUUGAUACCUUUGCAAAAAAAAAAUCCGGACAUCUUCGCGGCAAAUUUUACCAAAUUUAUAUCAACGAAAAUCUUUGAAUUUAAAUACUUUUGGCCUUAUGAACAGCCAAUACAACUUUCAGUAAUAGUCAUCGUAAUAUUUGUGCAAACAAACCGCCCCUAAUUCAAAUUUAAAUCCACUUUUUACAAUUUUUGUAGCGACCAGGACAAAACAUGAAGAAAAAUGUUCCUCACUUCAACAUUUGUCCCCUUGUUUAAUGCAGAACUUGCUCCGGAAAUGCGUGGUUUCAGAGAUGUUUACGACUGUUCAAACAACGGUAAAAACUUUUGAUCGUAUAUAAAAUACGAUGAUCACUGGAUAUAUUCAUUACAAUUUAAAAAUCAACAGGAUUGAGUGGGAGAUCCGGUCGAUUUUCAGGUAAAAUUUGUUCGUAUCUUGAGAUUACUGAAGUGUCUUAUUGCAUACCUUCCUUGCAAAUUAUAACGACAAAGUCAUACUUCUAGACCUAAUAGUUAUCAUGAAGUUCAUCUACAAUAUUGCUCUUCUUCUUGUCAUCGUAUUCACCAUUCUUCAAGCCGCUCCAACCGAGGAAUUCAACACCGCAAUUGCCAGAGUUAAACGGCAAAAUGACGGACAGAGCUGCAUCGAAAAGCUUCAGAAGUUCUUCCAAGGACUGUUCAACUCGCUCACUGCCGCUCAAAGCGGCUAA